AUGACCAAAUACAGUUUCACUAGUACCACCAAACGGCCUGCUUCUCCGGCCCCACAACAGCAGUCUCGUCCUUUCGAUCUGGAGCAACAAAUGCGACAAUUCAUGGUCGAAAAACGUUCUGCAGGCCUUCAACGCCAGGUCUCUCCUCUUACUCCUAGUUAUAACACUCAAAAGCAGCUUCCAAUACCACCAUCAUCUCCGCCCACGCGGAAGCUCCUACGUCUAACCUCGAAAUCAAAAAAAUUCAUGUCCCCCAUCAGCAGAGGAACAUCAACAUCAUCACGUACAGGACCAGAAAUCCGCUCAGUACCGCAUCCAGGCCGCAUCAGAAAUCACCACCCGUCCGCGUCCGCGCCAUCACUGGUCUCACCCGGUGAGAUGAGACGUCUUGUGGAUUCCCGGCAAAAGAGACCAUCUAGCUUCAUUGCUCCCGAGACGCCAAAUGACAUAUUCUGGCCAGGGAUCGGGUCGCCAGGAAUAUAUCCCUCACGUGCACGGCCUUGGAGAUCACCGGAGAAUAGCCCAUUACUGCCACCACCCCGAGGCAACUGUGGUAAGACGAUCCCACCACCAAUUCAUCUAUCUUCUCCUACCCCGCGAAAAGGAACACCGGUACAGCUCCGCAACAAAACAAGUGAGAUGUUUGAAUCUGUACUCUCAAUGUACCCAAACGCCAAGAAGCAGCCCGCAGCCAGGAGCAAUCCAGAUAUUGUAACACUCCAAAACUCAAGCGGGAUCGCGCCGCGCCGAAUCACGAUCGACUCAGUUGAGCGGCCGCCGCGCACGCCACCUCCUCCACCAACACCGGCGAAAAGCCGAGCUCAAAGACAACGUGCAAGACCUACCCCGCCGGUACCAACGCCAACUCCAACACCAGUGGGGUAUAUGGCUGAGCUGGUUGGCAGUGAGGUUGAGGUUGCACCAGUAGAGCUAAUGGGUGAUGUUGAAUUUCCGGCGCCAGUUAUAAUGGCACCGGUUCCGCAGAAACGCAGGAGGGUUAAAGCGAGUGCUGUGAAUAGCAAGGUAAAGCAAAGGCAGCAACAUCCAAAGCCAGGUACACCGGAAGGAAAAGAAAUAUACGCACUUAUGCCACUUCCCGAAGUCCCUGACUCUCCUCUCCCCACAAAGCCAGUCUGCGAGUCUAGCCCAGUCUUGGAGGUUGACUUUGAAGGCUUCAACGACGGCCUCGUGGAGUGGUUCAACAACUUUAACUGGAGCGAAUCAGGAGAUAUUCUCUCCGCUAGCACCAGCACCUGUCAGUCAAGGCCUGCUUCAGACUCCAUCUUCAACGUAGAGGCUAGAGCAAGCGUUCUAGACCCAGACGGCGCCGUAGUGAACAGCGAGCCAUCCCCACCCCCGCCUCCAUCACCCGCAAAACCUAUAACUACCACCAUGCUAUCACCCAAGCUGCCCGGAGAGACAGCACUACUAUCACCCGUCUACCCCGUCUCACCGCGGCUCGCAAGCUACUACGGAGCACGUGCUUCAUUUGCCAGCAGCGUCGGUGAUGCAUUCCGCUUUGACGAGGAUGAAGGCUGCGCACUCAGCGAUGUUGAUGAGCGCUACGAGGAUGAACUUGAUGUCGACGAGAUGUACGAGGAGCAGUUCCUCGACGAGGGCCAUCAGGAACAGUACGGGAACGGGGGACUCGAGUUUGAGAUUGAGAUGAUCCUCAACGGGAGCUAUGGCGGUGGGUCACCCGAUGACUGGCGGGAGGGCAUCUACAGUGCCGAAUCUUCCGAGUCGAGUGUGGAUGUCGAGGAGGUCAUUGCCGACUACUGGACCGAGGAGGAGCGGGAGGGCGAUAUUCUCGUUGGUAUGAUGCAAGGGGAGGAAGGGGAAGAGGGAGAUGAAGGCCUUGAUUGGGCGGCGCUAGAGGGGGCGUGGGCAGAGGAGGAACUACUGGAUAGGGGACGCCCGAGGACGAGGUAUCUCGCGGGUAGGAACAGCGCCAUUGAGGGGGAUGUCGUGUUUUGUUUGAAGGGCGCGGAUAGCAUAUAG